AUGCCGGGCAACUGGGCUACCCGCCUGCUAGGCUGGGACCGACACCCCCGAAGACACCACCACGACUUCCAUGCGGACUGGAUUCGCGAUGACCGCAGGCGCCUCCUCCCACAGUACCGAUCCGAACACCUUCAGUCCGCGAUUCCCGCCCCCGAUGUUACAAAGAUUGCCUUGAAGCUUCGUCACUUGAUUGAGCUGGCUGUUCCUUGCGAGCUGGAUGAGGAAGAGAUCACAAAAGCGCACAGCAAGGUCAUCACGACCAAGGUCAUUAAGGCAGCCAAGGAGGCCGGUGGUUCACACUAUGGGUCUUGCGUCGUCUUUUGCCUGAUUGUCUGCAAGCGAUGGUUCAAGCACCAGGCCCUGGUCGAGCUAUGGGAUGCCGACUUGCAUCGGGUACGAGCUGUCGCAUGCGAGGUGAUUGCCAAGCAGAUCAUCGAGGGAGAAGAAGACUUAAACUAUCUUAUGCACUCCGUCCUGCUCCGCCGGUACUCCAUCAUCGUUGAUGGCGAGGCUACUCCUCCCGCCAACGCUAUCGAGAAGGCUGUCGACCUCCACGCCGUCAAGGUCAUCGGCUCCUCGGGCUACCAAAAAUGCAUUUCAUACCUUUGGAAGGGCUGGCUUGUGCAGGAUGAAAACGACCCGGCUGUGUUUGUCGACUACAAAGACAAGGACAACACCAACUUCAUCGUCCACAUGGAUCCCGACCGCAUCCGCGCGCCCAUGUACCAAAAUGCCACCCAAGUCCUCAUCUCCUUCGUAUAUAUCGGUCUCUUCACUGCUGUCGUCAAUUCAGCCAACCCUUCUGGUGUUUUUGACACGGCAGAGGUCCUAUUGUACAUAUUCACUCUCGGUUUUAUUUGCGAAGAGCUCACAAAGUUCUACAAAGCGGGCUACCACAUUCUGGGUUUCUGGAAUGCCUUCAAUGGUGUUCUCUACAGCUUCAUCACGAUAUCUUUUGUCCUUCGCAUCGUUGGAUUGACGCAUCACGAGGGCGACGAUACACGCCAAUUUUACAGCAAAUUGAGCUACAACUUCUUAGCCUUCAGCUCACCUAUGAUUUGGUCGCGUUUGCUGCUGUAUCUCGACAGUUUCCGCUUUUUUGGAGCCAUGCUGGUGGUGCUCAAGGUCAUGAUGAAGGAGUCCAUCAUCUUCUUCGCCUUAUUGAUUGUCCUUGUGAUUGGCUUUCUCCAAGCCUUCAUUGGCCUGGACCUCGCCGAUGACUGGGUUUUGGACGACAUUUUGUUCAUCUUACAGGCCAUGGCUAAUGCCGUGAUGCAGAGCCCAGACUUUGACGGGUUUGACCAGUUCUCGCCGCCAUUUGGCAUCAUCCUGUACUACUGCUUUACUUUUAUCGUCAUGGUUGUCUUGCUCAACAUUCUCAUUGCGUUGUACAAUUCCGCGUAUGAGGACAUUUACGACAACGCGAAUGAUGAGUACCUCGCUCUGUUCGCCCAAAAAACAAUGCAAUUCGUGCGUGCUCCGGACGAGAACGUUUACAUUCCACCGUUCAACCUCAUUGAGGUUAUUGUCAUCUCCCUGUUCUGGUGGAUGGAAAAGUCCAAGUUCGAGCGCAUGAGCGACGUGAUUAUGGGUAUCAUCUACUCGCCCGUUCUGGUCGUCGCAGCGUGGUACGAGACCCGCAUGGCUGGCGAGAUCAGGAGCAACCGCGCUAGAGGCGAGGAGGACGACGACACGGUUGAGGAAUGGGAGCAGAUGAUGGACCAGGUCGACUUUGAAGCUGACGGGUGGAACAAGCUGUGCGUUAGCGCCAAGACCAACCUCGAGACCGACCCUACUAUUUCCGAAGUGCAGAAACUGCGCAGCGAGGUUGAGGAGCUCAAGAAGAUGUUGGUCGACAUUUCAAAGGCCGUGUCCGUUGGGAAGUCUGGCAACGAGCAAGCGUCCAGCCUGAUUGAGCUGGAGGAGCCAACCCAGAGCCAGAGCAAAAAGAAGAAGAGCAAGAAGGGAAAGAAGGGAAAGAAGACGGGAGGUGACGGAAAUGCAUCUGGAUCCUCGGGUUCGAGCGACGAAGAGUGA